AUGUGCGGGGAUGGAGAUUCCAGCCUCGUCGUGCAGACAAGCAGCAACAACACACUCAAAAACAAUGAAGUAGCACACAUCAGUACAGAGUUACUAUCGCAAAUAAACUUAAAAUGUAAAAUAGAAGGGGAAAGGAGUCUGCCGCUGAUCUUCUCAGGAAUAAGGGACUCAAUAGAGCUCAUCAGGUGCGACAAUGGAGAAAAAAUAGCAGAAAUUGAAAAGUCAAACAUAAAAUACAUCAAAUGGUACAUCCCGGCAAAAUAUUUGGGAGUAUUUGGCGAAUGUGACCAAGAAGAGCAGUUUGGAAUUAUAACGGUAGAUUCUUCCAACAAUUUAGAGUUUUAUCCAGAAAUAUUCGAUCAAAUUGAAAUUAAAGAAAAUAUAGUUGGAGUAAAUACAAGUUACUUCAGAGACUUAGAUGGGAACGUCAAGUUGUCUGUAAUAAUAGUGGAAUCGAAUGGAAACAUAACCAAGUGGAUUCCAUUCGACGAAAGUAAACUGAUAAGUAAAAAUGCAGUAAAAAAGCGAGUGCAAUUCAUCUCAGAUACGAAUUUAGUCUUAGAAUUGAACAACACCAGGGUGACUAGCCGUUGUAACGAUAAGGACUGCAAUGCUGGAAAAUCGAGUCAAAUUAGUUCAAAUAAGGUGGAAGAUUACUUAAAACUAAAUAAAAAGUUAUUUUUGUCAACAGGCGAUCAAGUGUGUGUAGUAGAUACGGAAAAUUUAGAGUUGUUGAGGACAAUCAGUACCACGGGGUCAAUCAGAUCAAUAUUCCCUUAUUUCAGAGAUCAGGAAAGGAUUUUAGUGGUAUCUAAGGCCAUAGAGGUCUUUGAGAUGGAAAAAUGCGAAUGUGUAUACAAAUAUGACCACGAUUUGGAUGAGUUCAGCGACUACGAGAGCAUCAACGUAGGCGAAGUAGUGAACGCACGGGUGGAGUUGAAUGACCCAGGACUGCUGAUAGUAUCAACAAAGUACAACAGAGUGUACCUGCUAAACACGGCGAAUAGUGUCAUAGCAAGCGUAAUAGGCAUAUCAACCAGUAGGUUGUACGUGUACUACUACGUCGAACAUGGAGAAGGUGGUAACGCCACGAAUGUAAAGUACGGACUGGUAGCGGAAUAUGAAAAUAGUUUAGUGGGCUUCGACGUAUUUAAACUGAGUCUGCUGUACAGUAGGAUGGCACUUCCCAAUAAAAUAGAGGUGAUGGCCAACUCACAGCUCAUGCCGAACUUACUGCUGGCCUCGUCAAGUAAGGAUUUGUUGCAGCUGGAUUUACACUUUUCGCAUCAAGGAGGUGUCAGAAGUGCCACAAAGACCAAUGCUAACAGCGGCAGUAGAUUGAGUAGUGAUUACUACAAGUCACUGGAUAGGAACACCAGUAAAAUACUAAUUAACAAUUUGGCGACCAUAAAGCAUUUGAACAACACGAGUAUCAGCGCCUCUACCAAUACUCCUACUGGCACUACCAAAACUGCCAAUAAAACGGUUACUUGUAUCACUUUUCACCCUAGGCUGCCUAACAUAUGUUCAGUUGGACACUCAGAUGGGUCGCUAUACCUUCUGUUCAUAGAACACGAGAACAGAAGCCUGUUCAAUUACGUAUUCAUACAAAGGUUCAAGGACCCGGUGAAGAAAUUGGUGUGGUACCUGGUUCCCAAGAGUCUGAAUUACACGAACGAGCACGAUGGGGACUCGAGCAAUGCAGAGAAUAUAGCCAAUAAGUGGAGUAAGAAGGGCUGCAGUAACUUCAUGGAGAGAGUAUGCAAGUCGAUCAAUUCGUCCAAAUACGCGUCAAUACUACUGCUGCAAUUGGACAUUUACCAGCACACGGAAAGGCGAAGACCCAUAGGGGAUUACAGUAGCGUCUAUUACAUGAAGUUGGGUGAGAAUAGGGUGUACAGUUUACCCGCGAGUAUCCUCUCGGGCAACCUGGACGCCACUGAACACGGAAGUAACCGGCGCCUAAGCAGCAGGCUAUUCAGUAUAUUUAUAAUACAGCACCCGCCGCCCAACUGCGCGGACGACGGCGGAGAAACUGAGGAGUGCAAUGAUGGGGACGGCCGGAGCAUGGGGUACAACAACUUCAGCGUAGUCUACGACUACGUGUGUCUGGCGCACUACUCAGAAAACUCAGUGACGCUGACGCUGGUGGCAAUAGACCUGGGCUUAAACGCGACCGUGGUCAAAAGAUUUAAAACUAGAGUCAAGGGCGCGGUCACGAACGUCGUGGUGACCAGCAAGCAGUACAACCAGUACCACCUCUACGCGGACAGCUACCUCGAAAAAACAAGCAGGGAUGGAGUGAGCGAGGGCGCAGUGGACACUGUGCCUGUGGAUGGUGAUUUCAGCAGGCGCACUGCCGACGCAACCAGGUUUGACAAGUGCGUCAACUCGAUGCAGCAGUACCUGGUAAUAUCGACCAACCUAGGGCGCAUUUACGUAACGUCGCUGCUUAAGGUGUACAACAACUUUCUGCUAGAGGCCUACGCCACACAUGACCCCAGCCACGAGGAGGCUCUGCGGAUGGAUGAGACGUUCAUCGGCAGCGGCAACAUCACACACCUAGAUCACACUAUCCUAUAUUCGCCGCUGGGUUUCCCACCGAGUGAAGCGGGCGAAGGCACAAAAGGCAACUGUCUGUGCGGCAGCAACUGCCACUUCAUAUUGGUGGUUGGCAUGAACGGCCUAAUACUGUUCUACGCACUCGAGGCAGAGCACAGGAGAGACAGGUUUAAGUUGACACCAUUCCACGUGAUGAGGGCUAGUUACAACAGCUUCCUAGUGAUAAACGAACCGUUCCACUAUUUUAAGCUUCUCGUGAACGCCAGCAGCGGAAUCUCUCAGCACUACUUCAACUACACUCAAAUAAUUGCAUUUCUAUCGAAACAUCGCACACACUCGGCCGGAAAAGUAUCGACGGCCAGUUAG